CUGCCGCCGCCGCCGCCGCCGCCGCGAGCCGGGAGCCGCGAUGGCCCCGUGGCCCGCACCUCCUCCGCCUCCGCCUCCGCCUCCACCUCUCGCCGCGCCGCCGCCGCCGCCCGGCGCCUCCACUAAGGGGCCGCCGGCGCGCAAGCUGCUUUUCAUGUGCACCUUGUCCCUGUCUGUCACCUACCUGUGCUACAGCCUCCUGGGCGGCUCGGGCUCCCUGCAGUUCCCCCUGGCGCUGCAGGAGCCGCCGGGCGCCGCCGCCGCCGCCGCCGAGCCCCCGCCGAGCCCGCCGCCACCCUCGCUGCCGCCCUCCCCCGUGCGCCUCGGCGCCCCCUCGCAGCCGCCCGCGCCGCCGCCGCCGGACAACGCGAGCCGCGGGGAGCCGCCCGGGCCCCCCGAGCAGCCCGCCGGCCCCGGGGCGGACGGCUGGGGUCUGGCGAGCGGCGGCGGCGCCCGGGACGCCUGGCUCAGGACCCCGCUGGCCCCCAGCGAGAUGGUGACAGCGCAGAGCGCGCUGCUGGAGAGGGACGCGCAGGAGUCCAGCACCACCGACGAGGAGCUCGCAGGCCGGCGAGCGGCCAACGGGAGCAGCGAGAGGGGCGGCGCCGCCGGCACCCCGGACUACGGGGAGAAGAAGCUGCCGCAAGCCCUCAUCAUCGGGGUCAAGAAAGGGGGGACGCGCGCGCUGCUCGAGGCGAUCCGAGUGCACCCGGACGUGCGGGCGGUGGGCGUGGAGCCGCACUUCUUCGACAGGAACUACGACAAGGGGCUCGAGUGGUACAGAAAUGUGAUGCCCAAGACAUUGGAUGGGCAGAUAACCAUGGAGAAGACGCCUAGUUACUUUGUCACAAAUGAGGCUCCUAAGCGCAUUCACUCCAUGGCCAAGGACAUCAAACUGAUUGUGGUGGUGAGAAACCCCGUGACCAGGGCCAUCUCUGACUACACCCAGACCCUGUCCAAGAAGCCUGAGAUUCCCACCUUCGAGGUGCUGGCCUUCAAAAACCGGACCCUAGGGCUCAUCGAUGCCUCCUGGAGUGCCAUUCGAAUAGGCAUCUACGCUCUGCACUUGGAAAACUGGCUCCAGUAUUUCCCUCUCUCACAGAUCCUCUUUGUCAGUGGCGAGCGACUCAUAGUGGACCCUGCUGGGGAAAUGGCCAAAGUCCAGGACUUCCUAGGCCUCAAGCGCGUGGUGACUGAGAAACAUUUCUAUUUCAACAAGACCAAGGGGUUCCCUUGCCUCAAGAAGCCAGAAGACAGCAGCGCCCCGAGGUGCUUAGGCAAGAGCAAGGGUCGGACUCAUCCCCGCAUUGACCCAGAUGUCAUCCACAGACUGCGGAAAUUCUACAAACCCUUCAACAUGAUGUUUUACCAAAUGACUGGUCAGGACUUCCAAUGGGAACAGGAAGAGGGUGACAAAUGAGACUGGAGCCAUGGAGAGAAGGCUAGUGAAUAGCUCAGGAGGUUCUUCCCCCGAGUCCUGAACCCCCCGGCCCCCACCCCAGGUUCUGCAGUUUGGGCCUUGCUGGAGAGCCACGCACAUCCCCUCUUUGGUCUGGUCAAGAUUGCCUCCAAUGCUAUCAGCUUAGGCAGAGUGGGUGGACCCUGACAUCCUCUUGGAGGAACCAGGCUUCCCUGGGCAGCAGCAUCUGGUAGACCAGAUGGCCCCCCCGAACCCACUGCUCAUUCCUGUCUUCUGCUAGUUCAUUGCAGACAGAGAAUAAAUAGCUAUCAGUGGCAGAGACAGUGUCAUGAGUGAUUAUUCAAGUGGCAGAAAGGUGAAAGAAAGAAGGUUUACUUUCUGGAGCUCUGACUAUAGUUUGAGGAGGUUGGGUGCUAGCCCUGUGUGUGGCAAAGGCACCUGCUGUCUAACCCUCCUCUUUGGCUCCUCUCCACAAUGCUGUUUGUGACUGAGUGUUGGGGGACUCCUAGGAAGCAAGAUCCUCCCCCUAAGUUGUUUCUAGCCUUCUCUCUCAAUGCCUCGUGCCACAACCCUGACUUCCUCCCUCCCACAUCAUAAAGGGAGAAGCAUGUCUGUUCCUCACCAAAAACAAAAACAAACAAAACAAAA